AUGUUGAAUGGAUCUAAUUUAGUUUAUGCUGUUCGCGAGUCUUCCGUUUUACCACUGCAAGUGCCACAACGAUCACCGCAGUGUAAUGGAAACGAUAGCUCACUCAAUGACAUUGAAGAACAACUUGGUAGAUCACAUAUUUUGGAUAAUAACAACACAACUAUUGUGCGUACGCAAGAACCACCCAUACAAAGGUUGGUGAGUACAGCUCAAACUUUCAAAAGAAAGUCUGUUAGAGAUUAUCAAUUUGGAUUGAAAAUUGGCGAAGGUUCGUACUCUACUGUAUACUCGGCUAUAGAUAAACAACAAGGAAGAACCUAUGCAAUCAAGGUCUUGUCGAAAAAACACAUUGUUCGAGAGAACAAAAUCAAAUAUGUAAAUAUUGAAAAGACAACACUUCAUCGACUAGGUCAACAGCAUCCCGGGAUUGUUCAAUUGUACUAUACUUUCCAAGAUGAGUCUAGCUUAUUUUUUGUUUUGGACUUUGUCGAGUAUGGCGAGUUAUUGUCUAUAAUACGAAAAUUUGGAUCAUUAUCAGAACCGGUUCUGAAAUUUUAUAUGUGCCAAAUCCUCGAUUCCGUAAGGUUUAUUCACUCAAAGGGAGUCAUCCACAGAGAUUUAAAACCGGAAAACAUUUUGGUUGGUCAUGACUUUAAUCUAAAGAUUACAGAUUUUGGUGCAGCAAAACUAUUGGGAGAAACAAACGAGUUUGGUGAAAAAAUCGAUUAUCAUUCAUUCGACACAAGGAAGCUCGAAGAUGCAAACUCGAGCAUGGCAGUGUCUGAUAGAUCAGGCUCGUUUGUUGGAACCGCUGAAUAUGUGUCUCCCGAGUUGUUGAAACAAAACACUUGUGGUUUUGAAGCAGAUGUGUGGGCCAUUGGAUGCAUGCUCUACCAAUUUUUCAAUGGAGUUCCACCAUUCAAGGGCAAAACAGAGUAUCUAACGUUUGAGAAAAUCAUCAACGUUGAAUAUACUUACAAGUCAGAGAUACCAUUACCAGAUGAUGUAAUUUCGUUGAUUGAUAACAUUUUGGUUGCCACACCGAGCCAAAGAUAUACCAUCCAGGACAUUAUGUCAUCCAACUGGUUUCGCGAUGUUAAAUGGAAUGAUCGACUGUAUAUCUGGAACAAAAAAGUUCCCAAAUUUGAGAGCUAUGGAUACACUGGUUUGGCGGGCUUUCAACAUAGCCCACCAGCAGUGAAAACGGGAACAAACAGGCACAUGAACAAAUCCAACUCGUACCACCAACUUCAAACGCAAAUUCAAAAUUCGGAUCUUGGGUUUUUACCAACAGUAGGCAUGAAAAAGACGUUUAAGCCGCCCACUACAAUUAGAAAGAAUACCUCACCAAAUGGAUCUCCUCAUGCCAUAUUGCUGCCUUCGCUGCCACAAAGACAAUCGAACCAAGCACAAGUAUCAAUCCCACCAAAUCAAGCUUCUCGUAUGUAUGGAAAUGCAAACAGUCAAAUAAAUGGAGGAGGACUCAACUUUACCUUACCCCCUUCAUCUAAGCAGGAGCCUGUAGGUGAGUUAGCAGCAGCAGCAGGAGCAGCAGGAGCAAGGCCUAUAUUUAAAUCAAGAGCACAAUCGGAGAACAAUAUCAAAGAAGCAACCACUAUCACCAUUACUCCAACAGCAACAGCAAAAGCAACAACAACAACAACAACAACAGCAGCAGCAGCAGCAACUACUCCAAUGCAUAAACCAGUAUCUGCUAGGCCAGUAGAGACACAAGCAAGCUCUAUUGCGACCAAAAAUUUGCGAACUACUGCUCCGCGUAAUCCUGUUUCAAUUACGCCCAAGGAUGCUGUUGUACUGUCUUCAAAUGCAGCAGCAGCAGCAGCUUUUGCGUCCCGGCUUUGUAAUCAAUCGAAAAAUAUACCGAGUAGAUCAAGCAAUAAUAUUGAAACAAAAUCCAACACAAAUGAAAGACCAAACAACAAUAACAGCAACAGCAACAAGAGCAACAGUAACGGCAACAUCACUAUCAGCAACAGUAGCAGCAGUAGCAGUAGCAGCAAUAAUAAUAAUAAUAAUAAUAAUAAUAAUAAUAAUAAUAAUAAUAACAUUACCCCCAUCGCAUUAAGAAAAAACAAUAAGAACGAGUCCAAGUACACUUCAUUAGAUCAAGAACCCAAGAUCAUAAAGUUUCGUGAAAUAUCAGCGUUACUAAAUCCAAACGAAAAGAUUUUAAAAAUGGACAUACUAUCGAAAGUACAAUUGAGAAAAGCCUCUAUUGGUGUAGAGUACGACGUUUUAGAUGAUCUCAAUUUGGAAAAUGUAGUUAAAAAGAACCAGAAAAGAUUGAGGACCAAAGCUGUGCCGGUGGUCGCUGUUGUAACCAAUAUGGCCCGACUUUUUUUAAUAGGCUCAUCGUUGGAUGUCAUGUUGGUGGAUUUGAAAGCUAACAAAGGGCAUGAUUAUUUAAUGUAUGACUACGAAUUCGAGGACGCAGAAGAUGAUAGACCAGUUCCGAUUGAACAAUUGGGGUUCUUGGUCAUUGAGUUAAUGAAAGAAAGAGGAAAUUUAUUGUUUCUCAAGCAAAUAAGCGAGUCGGAGAGAAAACAAAGUUUGAGUUUGCCUAAGGUGUAUGACAAGAAUGAGAACGAAGUUUUCAUAGGUACUGGCCAUGGUUGGAUCGACUGUUUGUUAAUUGCAAGAGAUACUUCAAUCGAAACGAGCUCGCAUCCAUCUCCAUCUCCACCUCCACGGUCUUCUUCACCUCCGAAAUUUGUGAAAAAUAAAGCUACACGAAGUAAUAAACUGAGAAGGGAAUCUGACAAAAAAAAAUCAACAAAUAAAAAAACGACCCAAUCAGCGCUAUCCCCAAGUCUUGGGAAAAACCAGGCAUCAAACUUUGCAUUUGCAGCUGCUGCUGCAGUGCACCAGAAAUAA